AUGUCUUCCACAGCUAGCAGCGAUGCUUCUGCAGAUGUCGCGGCGGUCACCCCUAGUGCUGAAGUGCUACCGGGAACGAUUCCCACUGCUAUCCCUCUCACCAUCCCGUCGCCAUCAUCGUGUAAGAUGCGAUCACAAGAGCUCCUCGAGUUUGAAGGCACCACCGUUUUCGCGCCAUCUCCAUCACCGACGUAUCGGUGCACGACCGACCUCGAUAUUCAGGACUACGUCGACUCUAGCAAUGUUAUCCCAGAUGCCACUGCGUCCGACUACGUCGAGGAAUGUUGCUUUCGAGAUCUUCUGGACGCUGCCGAUGAUGACUUGACCAACAUCCCAAGCUCAUUACAACGACGCAAAGAUGGCAUCUUACAGCUCCAGCUAGCUGUCAACAUUCAAGUGCUGUUGAAAACACGAGUGGUGACCUAUUCGUUUGACCUCGAGGAAAUUUCAGUGGAGCGAAUCGAUGUCCUCGAGUCGAAACUUCACGACCUGCAAGAUGAGGUUGAAACCCUAGCUUUAUCUCGUCAGACCUCUACCAUUCAAAAACUCGAGGAAGGGAUGAAAAAACUGCUGAAAGAUUGCGCUGGGCGUGACGCAGUGAUCUUGCAGCUGAAAGAAGAGGUCAAAGCUGUUCAUCUCGCUCGAGAGAACUCGGUUGUCGUGCUACUGCAAGCAACUACCAAAACAGCUGGAGGGGGCGAUUUGGUUUGCUGGAUAAACUCGACGUUUGUCUUCGGCGUCAGUGCUGUCAUGACUGGCCUAGAUGGUGUCGUUCCGGUCGAAUCUCCUGGUACCUAUCAAGUGGCAGUGGUUGUUAACCAUCAGACAGGAGGACACAACAUGUCCAUUCAGAUGAUGAAAGGCUCGGACUGCAUCCAGAGUGCGUACUGCGGAUACGCUCAAGGCCACCCUGGUUCGACAUCCCUCACGUGCACAACUCGUUUGGCUAAGAGCGACCAGCUGAGCGUCAAGUGUCCGGCAAAUCUCGUGGGGACCAGCUACCUGACUCUCAUUCGCCUCGGCAAAUAA